AUGUCUCAAGACAUCCUAGCAUUGUUAUCAAAGUUUGCAGCUAACCCUGAUCUCCUCCCACAGUUCCAGGCGUUCCUUGAGGCACAGGGCGCCGCAAAGUCAUCAGUCCCUGAGUCUGGCCCACCCGCGGGCCCAUCAAUCCCCAAUGCGGAAGAGACACAAGGCCAACCAACCACACGUAAUCAGUGCUUGACACCUUGUCACCUCCCCGGCGCUCUAUCAAGGAUCACAAAAACACGCAAAAUCCAUAUCCUUCCCCUUCCGUCAAUACUUCCAUUUGGCAUUCUUACCACUCCAACUCUUGCUCUCUCACUCACAAUCAUGCUUGUUCUCCAGCUUGUUCUCCAGCUCAUUAUCCGGCUUGUUCUCCCACUUGUAAUUGUACUUGGUCUCCGGCUUUUGAUUGUGCCCGGUCUUGCUGUUGUGAUUGUGGUUGCGCCUGCCCCCACUCCCGCUCCCGUUCUUGCUCUUGCUCUUGGACCCGUUCUUGCUCUUGCUCUUGGACCCAUUCUUGCUCUUGCUCUUGUGUCCGGUCUUAUACUCACAAUUGCGCCCCCGCCUGCUCCCGCUCUUGAGAGGGCCCUUAUCAUCACUCCAGCAACCAGCCUACCACUGAGACCAAGAAGCCAAGGGGCUGGGGCAAAGCAGAUUAUUACAAUCAAAUGCCAACAUCUUAUCAGAAAGGAGGCGGGUGCCAAGGUCAUCAAAGCCACUUUCCUCAAGCGCAUGUCCCGCCAGGAGGCACACAAAUUUAUAGUCAAGCAUGGUCACCCUUUUGGACACAAAUACAACAUGUACUUUAAUCCAUACGGAUAUGUGCCCAAGGAUCCAAAGGCAGUUGCGCGCAUACAUCAGCCCCCUGGUGAGUGUGGUGUUGACUGGCAGCUACUCUAUGCAAUGGGUUGCCGUGGAGACUAUGACUUGUAUAACAGCACGCGGGGAAAGAUCCGGGCUGUGGCAAAGGCAUUUGCAUGUAGGAUUGUGGAGCGCAGGCAGCUAGAAACAAUAACUUGGGGUGACUUUGGUUCAAGCAAUUGCAAGGAGUUCUAUGAUGGAUGUUAUAAAGCUUGUCCAUGGCUCUUCCAUUUCCGGGGCGAGGCGAACAACGACUGCUGGGUGGCUCGAUUGGUCAUCCAGCAAUAUUUAGUUCAGGCCAAGGGAUACGACCCAAAGCGAACAAAACCCAGGGAACAGGACGACAAUCUUCGUCGGAAUGCAUCCAAACUUGCGCAUAAGGACGUAAUCCCACCCAAGGACGAGGACCCGUACUAUAUCAAUGUGCCAGAAGGGGGCUACGGCAAUGGGCCCAAGCGGUUGGCGAAAUUCAAGCGCUCUGAUUCACCCUCUUGCGGGCGAUCCUUGUCCACCCAACUGCCUCCCUCGACUUCGUCCUCGAAUCGCCACGCUCGUCGGGCAGACAAGGUCGUUUCGGAGGAAGAAGCUCGCGCUACGGCGUCCAAGUCCAGCGCAUCAACAACGAAGCCUGCAGCACAGCAGGGAAAUAAGCAAAAGGCAAGUGUUGGAGAGCCCGCUGCAAACGCAAAUUCCCCGCCCCCGGCAAGCCCCCCGUCCCUCGACUCCCCCAGAGACCGCCCAUCCCCGUCUCCGCCCCAGGAUAGCCCCCCGUCCCCGUCUCCGCCCCCACCCCCGGCAAGGUCCCCAACAAAGACGCCUCGCUCAAUCGUUGAGGUGGUUCUUCGGUCGCCAGCCCCGGUCAAACCCAUGGAGCCCUGCCGAAAGGAGCCGUCAAAGCCUGCUGCCGACCCCAAAGAAACGCGGCGACUGAAGCGCAAGGCCGAAAACGAUCGAGAUGAACCUGCCACAAAGAGGCAGCAGCCAAGCCGCGUCGUGGAGCCGGCCGUGGACAAGAAGGCCGGGGAGCAGGGGCCAUCGAAGCGAAAGAUUCGUCCAAGAAUGCGCCCGAAACGCGAUCCCACCCCCGAACCCGAACCCAAGUCCCAGCUCCCCCCACCCCCGCCUCCGAAUCCGCCCCAGCAGCCCCAGCCCCAGCCCCAGCCCGAGGGAGGUAAGGAACAUCCCGAUGGUGGAGACGGUGCCUCAUCCACCAAGCCCUCGGCCCCCAAGCCACCUCUUGCUAAUGGCGGUAGCGCUUGGGAAAGCGCAUUCGCAAAAGCAAAAGAUAUAGUUUCUCAGAUGACAUUGGAAGAAAAGGUUAACAUUGUGACGGGCAUUGGGCAUUUAAGUCGGUGCGCAGGAAAUACUGGCGCUGUUCCACGCCUCGGUAUCCCAGCACUUUGCAUGCAGGACGGGCCUGCCGGGGUGCGUCCCGCAGAUUUUGCAUCCCAAUUUCCUGCUCAGGUCACCGUUGCUGCUACAUGGGACCGCGAUCUAAUCUAUGAUCGGGCAGUAGCUCUCGCUGCCGAAUUUAAAGGAAAAGGCGUCCACGUUAUGUUGGGUCCUGUAACUGGCGGACCACUUGGCCGAUCUCCUUUAGGUGGUCGUAAUUGGGAAGGAUUCAGUGCAGACCCAUAUCUAUCUAGUGUUGGUUCCUAUCUUUCCGUCAAGGGUACUCAAGAUCAGGGGGUUGUUGCAACAAGCAAACAUUAUUCGGUAUAUGAGCAGGAAACGAACCGUAACCUGAAUGUUCCAAUCCCUGGAGCAAAAAACCCUAUUCCCAUCUCUUCGGAUGUUGAUGAUGCUACGUUCCACGAGACUUACCUGCUUUCGUUUGCUGAAGCGGUUCGUGCCGGCUCCGGAUCUAUCAUGUGCGCAUACAAUCGCGUCAACGGGUCUCAUUCCUGUGAAGAUGAUUAUACCCUUAACAAGAUUCUGAAGGGGAAACUCAACUUUCAAGGAUAUGUGAUGUCUGACUGGUUUGCUCAGUGGAACAAUGCCGAUUCUGCUCUCGGUGGUAUGGAUAUGUCCAUGCCUGGUACCGGUUUUUGGGGUUCUGCCCUUGUCUCGUUGAUCAACAACGGGACUGUCCCCACUGCUCGACUCGAUGAUAUGGUGCACCGUAUUCUGACCCCAUACUACGCACUUGGUCAAGAUGAGGGUUAUCCUUCCGUCCAGUACAAUACUAGUGGCAUUAAUGCGGGCCAGUAUUUGACCCUCAACCCUGGGAACACUAACAUCGAUGUCCAGGCCGACCAUUAUAAGGUCAUUCGGAAGAUCGGCCAAGAUAGCGCGACCCUUUUGAAGAAUUUACAAAAUAAUGGAGGCGGCCUCCCGCUCAAGACACCCAAAUUCCUAUCAGUUUUUGGACAGGAUGCCGGUCCCAACCCGGAUGGGCUCUUGUCCUGUGGUGUCUUCAAUCAAUGUCCAACGGGUCACUUCAAUGGCACAUACAGCAUUGGUGGCGGAUCGGGGAGCGCAUACGCGCCAUAUAUUGUAACUCCACUCGAAGGUAUACAGGCACGGGCAAAAGCAAAUACCACACAGGUCAAUUGGAUGUUCAACGACCUGGAUCUGGAAAAAGCUGCCUUAAAUGCGGCUAUUGCCGACACAUCAAUUGUUUUUACCUAUGCCUACCAGCUGGAAGGCCUCGACCGCGACAAUCUCACCUUAUGGAGCAACGGAGACGAACUUAUUAAUAUUGUUGCAGCCCAGUGUAACAAUACGAUCGUGGUUAUUCACUCUGGAGAAGCAGUCUUGAUGGAGAACUGGAUCAGCAACCCAAACGUUACGGCAGUAGUUUUUGCGUAUUAUCCUGGGCAGGAAACUGGAAAUGCAAUUGCGAGUGUACUGUAUGGCGAGGUCAAUCCAUCCGGAAAGCUUCCAUUCACCAUCGGGAAAGCAUUAUCUGACUACUCUCCCAAUGGUAUUGCCAGUGGAAAUAGCGACGAUCCUCACGUUGUGUUCGAGGAGCGCAAUUUGAUCGACUAUCGUUGGUUUGACGCAAAAAAUAUCACUCCUCGCUUCGAGUUUGGGUUUGGGCUGAGCUAUACAACCUUUGAAUAUAGUGGUAUUAAGAUCAAUUUAACACCUGAAAAGCCAACGGAUGGCAUCCAGCUUACAAACGAGCCUUUUGAUGGCAAUGCUACCCUAUACGAUGUAGCAUACACUGUGACGGCAACUGUGAAAAAUACUGGUUCGCCAGCUGGGUGCGAGGUUGCCCAACUAUAUCUCUCUUACCCUGCCACUCAGACUAGCCAGCCGGUGCGUUCCCUACGUGGUUUCGACAAGUUGUGUAUAGACGGGGGGAAAGAGAAGACUGCCACGUUCAAGUUGCGACAGAAGGACCAUGCAGUAUGGGAUGUGGUUCGACAAACCUGGACGAUUCCGAAGGGAGAGUUUACUGUACAUGUGGGGUCAAGUAGUCGAGCCUUACCAUUGCGAGCAAGCUUUACCAGCUGA